AUGGAGACGACACUUCCGCUCCCCUUUAUCAUAUCCAUACCUGUCCCUCCUAGCUGGACCUCAACCGAGGAAGGGCAAGGUUUAAGUCAAGAAGACGUAUCAUGCCUUGGUUGUGUUUUCUUCGAGGUCACUCAGCAAAACUUCGAGGAGCUCCUUAACAACCUGAGUCAGCUUAAUGCUGCUACACUCCAUACCUUCUUUGACGCCACCGGUCUCGAAUCGAAAGAUGAUGUUGUUACGCUACUAGACAACGGUGCCCGGAGGGUUUUUGUUCAACCCGAAAGGCUGCCUGACUUCGCUGAGUUUGGUAGACGAGUUGCGCCAGCUGUAACCAACCUAAAUCAGUUAUCGAAUGGGACGCAGCAUGGGCUCCUCAUUAAGGACUUCGACCAACGGACCUGCGAUGUAGCUGGUUUUAUGGAGUCAAGCAAGGCCACUAAGAUGCCCUUCUUAUACAUCAAACCUAUUCAAGAUACCAUCUAUGACCAUUUUGUCGAUAUAUGUUCACAGCUAUCCGCUAUCCCUAUCAUCCCAUCCACCGAACUAACAACCAAAAAGGAUGAGGCCGAAAACAAGAUCUUGGUCGCAAAACUAUUUUCUAGCGCGUGGAAGUCUGAUAGGCCAGAUAAACUUCUGCCUACUGUUGUCUGCGAUGAAGGAGGAAGUGCACUUGGUUUAGUGUACAGCAGCGAAGAAAGUAUUGCUGAAUCGCUGAGGACUAAAACUGGUGUUUAUCAGAGUCGGAAACGCGGGCUUUGGUACAAGGGUGCUACAUCUGGUGAUACCCAGGAAUUAGUGAGGAUAUCCUUGGACUGUGACAACGAUGCUUUGAAGUUUGUUGUCAGGCAGACUGGAAGAUUCUGUCAUCUCGAACAAUACGGAUGCUUUGGCGAUUUAACGGGAAUCUCGAGGCUCGAGCAAACGUUGCUGUCAAGGAAGCAAUCGGCUCCCGAAGGCUCGUAUACAAAACGGCUUUUCUCCGAUGAAAAGUUGCUUCGAGCGAAGAUAAUGGAAGAAGCAGAAGAGCUGUGCCAUGCGAAGACUCCGGAAGAGGUUGCGUUUGAGGCAGCUGACCUGAUUUACUUCGCCCUGACAAAAGCUAUUAGCGUUGGAGUGAGACUCACGGAUAUCGAAAAGAACCUCGACGCCAAGAGCUUGAAGGUCAGGAGAAGACCUGGAAACGCAAAGGGUCACUGGGCUAAGAAAGAAGGCAUUACACAUGGCAGAGCAGAGAAGGCUAAAGAGGCCGCAAAAGAGUCGGUAACACCAUCGACCUCUGCUCCUGCUGCUGCUGCUGCUGCCCACACUGCACCGGAUACCGACAGAAUUACCCUAAAGCGGGUAGAUGUUAGCAAGGUCAGUGCAGAUGAAGUGUCAGAGGCCCUUAAAAGACCAUCACAAAAGUCUGCGGACGCAAUCUUGAAUAUCGUCACUCCCAUCAUCAGUGAUAUUCGCAACAACGGAGACAAAGCCCUGCUUUCUUAUACGCACAAGUUUGAGAAGGCGACGUCUUUAACUUCGCCUGUUCUCAAAGCCCCUUUCCCUCAGUCGCUCAUGAACCUCCCGCCUGAGACCAUCAAGGCUAUUGAUGUCUCCUUUGAGAAUAUUCGCAAAUUCCACGCUGCCCAAAAGGAAGAUCCUCUUCAAGUGGAAACGAUGCCGGGAGUUGUGUGCAGCAGAUUCUCUCGACCGAUUGAACGAGUUGGCCUUUACGUACCUGGUGGAACGGCAGUCUUGCCUAGUACUGCGCUCAUGCUUGGUGUACCUGCCAUGGUUGCUGGCUGCCAAAAGAUUGUUAUUGCAUCUCCACCGCGUUCUGAUGGCAGCGUUACCCCAGAAAUUGUAUACGUUGCUCACAAGGUUGGCGCCGAGAGUAUUGUCCUAGCUGGUGGCGCACAAGCCGUUGCAGCAAUGGCAUAUGGCACGGAAAGUGUUAGCAAAGUAGACAAAAUUCUUGGACCCGGAAACCAGUUCGUGACUGCAGCAAAGAUGUUCGUCAGCAACGACACCAAUGCUGGUGUUAGCAUUGAUAUGCCAGCUGGUCCAUCUGAAGUCCUCGUAAUAGCGGAUAAGGAUGCCAAUCCUGCCUUUGUUGCUUCGGAUUUGUUAUCCCAAGCCGAACACGGCGUGGAUAGUCAGGUCAUUUUAAUUGCGGUUGAUCUCAACGAAGAGCAAUUGCAAGCGAUUGAAGAUGAAGUCCACAAGCAGGCUAUGGCUUUACCACGAGUAAAUAUCGUUAGAGGUGCUAUUAGCCACUCCGUCACGUUUGUUGUGAAAGACGUGGAGGAGGCCAUGAAAAUCAGCAACGACUACGGCCCCGAGCACUUAAUCCUCCAACUCAAGAAUGCCGAGCAAGUCGUUGACCAGGUCAUGAACGCGGGUAGUGUGUUUAUCGGACAGUGGACUCCCGAGAGUGUGGGUGACUACUCGGCCGGUGUCAACCACUCAUUGCCUACAUACGGUUAUGCCAAGCAGUACUCAGGAGUCAAUCUGGGCUCGUUCCUCAAGCACAUCACAAGCUCCAACUUAACUGCUGAAGGUCUUCGAAAUGUGGGAGAUGCGGUCAUGCAGCUGGCUAAAGUGGAGGAGCUCGAAGCUCACAGGAGAGCUGUCAGCAUCCGUCUCAGCACCCUGACUUCAUAA